GGUGACGCUUCACAAUCAAGUGCAACGAUUUAGAAAUAAAAAAUAGGAAAGGUAUGUCAGAACCUUCAGUGCGUAAACACUCCAUCAAAAACUUUUGGUCUCAUUAAUUAUAAUACUUUACCGGAGAACGUCCAUCUUACGUUAGUCAUCAGAAAAAAACAAUGCACUGCAGGCAUAAGGAUUGGAACAUUUCAAAUUGCUACAGUUUAAGUAUUUGAACCAGAAAUGCUCAGAAAAACUGCAGAUGUAGAGUGCCAAUACAUGAUUGAGGGUGACAAAAUGCCAGACAAAAAGCCACCCCUCCUGAUUUACUACCUCAUUUUAAUCAUCCUCGUCACAGCAUUGCUGUUGCUUAGUCUACCUUAUGAAAUAAUAACAAUUCCAAUUGAAAUUUCUAAAGAAGAGGAAUUCGAAUCCUGCGAUCAAAUGCUCUUUGCUGCAAAAAUGAUCAACCUUUCGGACGCAUUGGAAAUUUUGAGCGAGAGAAAUGAGAGCCGGCGUUCCUAUUUCAUGAUUGAAUCUUCCCACACCGGAAUGGUGGGCUCAAGACAAGCGUGCGCCGUCGAGUCGGUGGCCAAGAACAACCCGGACGCGGACGUUUAUCUGCUCGUUGUCCGUCCGCCUCGAGAGAUGAGCGCGGUGACCAACGAGCAGCUGCACAUGGUCAUGCGCCACUAUCAAAACGUUCGAGUGCUCUCUUUGGACUUGGACGCUUUUUUGAAAGGGUCUUUUCUGGAGCGAUGGUACCAGUCAGAAAAAUAUGAACCCUUUCAAUUUUGGGAAGAUCUUUUGGGGAAAAUAAUUGAAGAUUUACCAAGUGGAAUUUACGGCUUUUAUGUGCACGACAUCAAGGAUCAAAUUGUUAUUGUUGGUUCUGAUCAAAUAAUGAGCAAAAUUGCAAAAAUACAUUGUCCUAGAGCUUACUGGAGUUCAUACAGAACGUUUUGA